AUGGUUUUCGGAUCGUUGAAAACGCAGAGAUUCAUUUCGCUUGUCGCUGCGACGUUGGUUGCGCUUGCAAGUGGGACAAACUAUGCAUACUCAGCAUGGGCGCCUCAAUUUGCCGAACGCCUGGUGCUAUCUUCGAAACAGAUCAAUAUGAUUGGUAUUGCGGGAAACAUUGGCUUAUACUGCUCGGGAGUUUUUACGGGUUAUUUGACUGAUACAAGGGGUCCUAUAAUCACUUUACCAAUGGGAGUCGCCGCACUUAUACUAGGAUACUAUCCUCUUUACCUUGCGUAUCAACAUGGGCCAAACUAUCUUUCGCUUGGCUCCUUGUGUUUUUUCGCAUGGCUUACCGGUCUGGGAGGCUCUGCUGCAUUUUCUGCAGCCAUCAAAGCCGCGGCUAGCAACUUCCCGAACAAACGUGGGACAGCCACGGCGUUUCCCCUUGCUGCUCUUGGACUCAGCGCCUUUUUCUUUUCGAGCAUGGCAUCUGUUUUAUUCCGCAGCCAAGUCGGUCCGUUUCUGCUAUUAUUAGCCGAUGGAACAUCACUCAUGGUCUUAAUUUCUGGACUGUUCCUUCGGAUCAUUCCUCCAGAAAAGGACUAUAAGGCUGUACCAGGACGUGACGCUGAAGAUGGCUCUCGAUUUAUCAUCGAGCAACCCCAAGAAAUAGGUAGGCAAAGAACAAAUUCCGCCUCAUCACCCUUACCUUCAUCAUCAGCACAGCCCCUUUUGACCGACAUCACGGCAUCUGCACGGUUACAUCGCACCAGUGCAGAGCUUGAGGAGGCAUUGGAUGCGGACGAAGUCUCGUCUCUGGUUUCCAAGCCAGAGUCCCUGCAAUACCCUCAUGACCAUGAUGGUCAUGUCAUACAGUCUCAUCAGAGUGAGCAAGAAAUUGGCGAAAAUGACUCACACUAUCCAGAUAUCAGAGGGUUUGCUCUCCUAUGGAAACGCGAGUUCUGGCAGCAAUUCGUUAUGAUGGCACUGCUGUCGGGCAUUGGAUUGAUGACUAUCAACAAUAUUGGCAAUGAUACAAAAGCGCUGUGGAAAUAUUACGACGAUAGUGCAGACUCUCAAUUUAUUCUGCGCCACCAAGUCCUGCAUGUCUCAUUACUGUCUUUCGGCAGUUUCCUUGGUAGACUAUCGAGUGGUGUUGGCUCCGACUUUCUCGUCCUUAGACUCGAUAUGUCUCGCUUCUGGUGCAUAUUUCUCUCGUCUACAGUCUUUACAAUCACCCAAAUAGCCGGCACAUCCAUCUCCAACCCAAAUCACCUUUACAUACUCUCAUCCCUAACAGGACUAGCGUAUGGCUUCCUAUUUGGGGUCUUCCCAUCUGUCGUCGCGCACACAUUCGGCAUUUCCGGCCUAAGUCAGAACUGGGGCGUAAUGAGUUUGGCACCUGUGCUUAGUGGCAAUAUCUUCAAUUUGCUUUAUGGUGCAAUUUAUGACCAACACAGCGUUGUUGGACCACAGGGACAGAGGGACUGCACUGAGGGGUUGCAGUGCUACCAGUCUGCCUAUUAUGUGACUUUUUUCAGCGGACUUACCGGAAUGGCAGUCUCGCUGUAUGCUAUUUGGCAAGAAAGGCAAAUUCAUGGUAAAGCAGGGCGUCGUAAGAGCGAAGUACAUGAAAGACUGGCCUAG